AUGCGCAACAAACGCCGAGUCUUCCUUUCGAUACAACAUCGCAAUUCUCUCUCUGUCGGAGAGAACAGGCAGCGGCUGGGCUAUGCCGCAUACCACUGGGGAAUUCUCAUUUGCCCCAAAAAGUCAAAGGCGUCAAGUUGCUAUUUUUUCGACGUGAGCGACGGAGUGCUCCUCGAAGAUUCACCGAACAGAGUCAAUCUUAACCCAGAAUUCAACUGGCUCUUUCGAGAGAAACAAAUCAGUGUUCCUACUACGAGUGCCCGUCUUCUCGGAAUGGUCAUGAUCGGAAAGGUCCCGAAUGAGGUGACCUGGGAGCAAAUCCGCGGUCUUCUCGCGGCGGUUCAAGUUCCUAAAAAUAAUGCUGUGCCGGAGCAAAACUGCGUCAGCUGGGCGAAAGCUGCGGUUUGCAAGCUUCAAGAGAAGGGUCUGACAGCUAAACAUAACCUCGACCUCGACUUGCUCAUGGACAGAUCGCUUGCUUUUGCGGAUGAACGCAUACGCAAUCCGGAGUCUACCCCCAUCAGCAUCGAUUUCAUUGAUUGA